AUCGAACGAAACAUUCCGGGAGACGAUUGGCUGACUACUGUCGCGUGCAACGUGCUGCCGCGAUCUGUGUGAAAGGGACUUUACGUUGAUUACAAUAAAGCCACAUGUUUGCAGUUUGUGGUUGCGCGCACCGUCAACUGGUCAACUGCUGUACCGCCCUGCUUUUGAGAGAGAAACCGAGCACGAGAGAUUCUGCACGCGCUUUCGAUAUCGCAUGACUUGUUCGCGACAGCGCGCACGAUAUCUCAUCCGUGGAAAAAGCUCCAACGAACGCUUCCGCUUCGGUGAAUCCAAUCGCCGAGAUAUUCGGUUGGAACGCGGAGUUAGAGUCGGUCCGAAGCUGAACGGAGCAAUCGUUUCCCGCAGCGAGCCAAGAUGCAGGAAUCUCAGCCGAAAAGGGGCAAAAAAGCCAAAAGAAAUCGCAAUGACAGUGACGAUGAAAUUGAACAAGUAUGCGAGCUGGCACUGGAAUAUUCUGCAACAACAAUUAAAGACAAUAAAGUUGAAGACAAUUCGGAACCAAGCGAGCAAAAGGUUGACGAUGAAGAUAAAAGAAAAAGGAAGAAGGAUAAGAAGAAGGAAACGGCUGAAAAAGAUGAUACUCGAGAUGAAACUACAGACAAUAAUACAAUAGCAUCGGAAUUAAAAGAUGCAGAUAUAGACAGUGAAGUCAGCACUGUAAGCAGCAGCGCAAAGAAAAAGGAAAAGAAAGAAAGAGAGAAGCAGAAAAAGUUGGCUCAAAAAAAAGAAAUGACUAAGGAUAUUAAUAAGAAGACAGAAAAUGGUGAAGUAGUCCAAGCUGCAACGUCCGAUGAGAAAAAAAAAGAUAAUGUAUGAAAGAAACAGGAUAGUAUGGAAGCUGAUGGUGAUGUUGUUGAACCAGAAGAUAGUUCAAAGAAGAAAAAGAAAAAAGGUGCCAAGGAAGAAACUAAAGAGAAAGGCAAAGGUCCUGGAAAGAAAACUAUUGCUGCUAUGCAGGAGGCUUUAAGGAAAGUAAAAGAAGAAGAAGAGAGAUUGAAACGUGAAGAAGAGGAAAGGAUGCGACAAGAGGAAAUACGAGAGCAAGCAAGACUGGAACAAUUGCGACUUGAACAAGAACGCAAAAAGAAAAAAACAAAAGAGAAGCAGCGGAAAGAAAGAUUGAAGGCAGAAGGCAAGCUCUUGACUACAAAACAGAAGCAAGACAGAGCUAGAGCACAAGCGAUGAUUGAAUCGCUUAAAGCUCAGGGUCUUGAUUUGCCAGAUGUAGGAGAAAAAAAGCCUAGACCAGGAACUCGAAUCAGGCCGAAUAAAAUGAAACAACAAAGUAGUGUAGAGAAGAAAGAGGAAGAAAAAGUUGAAGAUAAUAAGGCUCCAGCACCUCAAGUGGAAGUAGAAAUUGUAGAUGAACCGGUAAAGGAAAUACAGGAGAAGAAGGAAGAAGAUGAUGUCAAGGAUUCAUGGGAUGCAGACACCACUGAGGAUGAGCACGAAGAUGAAGAUAAAUCGGACGAUGUUCUCAAGACAUCCGAAACAGCGGAAGAUGUUCAAAAAAUAUCAACUGAAUCGGAAAAGAAAGAGUCCUCCGAAAGUGAAACAGAAAGCGAAAGUGGGAGUGAAUCUGAAUCUGAAGAAGAUAGUGAACAAGACAGUGAAGUAGAAGACAAAGUGCCAGAUGCUGCACAAAAGGAACGUGCGAGGGAACGAAUUCAGAAUCGUCGUAUAGAAGCUGAGAAGAAAAAAUCUUUAGAUAAUCUGCGAGCUGCUGUAGUUUGUGUCUUAGGCCAUGUAGAUACCGGCAAAACUAAAAUUCUAGAUAAACUCAGGAGAACGAAUGUGCAAGACGGAGAAGCUGGUGGUAUAACUCAACAAAUUGGUGCUACUAAUGUACCAAUUGAAGCUAUCCAAGAUUCAACAAAGCAUGUAAAAGGCUUUGCUGACAAGAAAUUUAAAAUUCCCGGUCUCUUGAUCAUAGAUACGCCUGGUCACGAAUCAUUUAGUAACCUCAGGAGUAGAGGAUCUUCUCUUUGUGAUAUAGCAAUUUUAGUUGUAGAUAUUAUGCAUGGAUUGGAACCGCAAACUUUAGAGAGCAUCAAUUUAUUAACAAAGAAAUGUCCUUUCGUUGUUGCUCUUAAUAAAAUUGACAGGUUAUACGAUUGGCAAACUAUGAGCCGGAAGGAUGUCCAAGAUAUAAUAAAAAAUCAAGCACCUAAUACUCAGCGAGAAUUCGAAAAACGAUCCAAGGACGUAAUUGUACAGUUUGCUGAACAAGGUCUCAACGCGGCAUUGUAUUAUGAGAAUCCAGAUCCUAGGAAUUAUGUAUCAUUAGUUCCUACCAGUGCUAUAACGGGCGAAGGCAUGGGUAAUCUGUUGGCGUUAAUAGUCGAUGCCUGUCAGGGUCCUCUGGCUAAGAGAUUAAUGUAUAGCGAAGAACUUCAGGCUACUGUAUUGGAAGUUAAAGCAUUGCCUGGACUCGGCACUACGAUAGACUGUAUUCUAGUCAAUGGAAUGUUAAGAGAAGGUGAUACAGUCAUUAUCGCUGGUACGGAUGGGCCUAUUGUAACGCAAAUUCGCUCGCUUCUUAUGCCGCAACCGUUGAAGGAAUUGAGAGUUAAGAGUGCGUACAUCGAACAUCGUGAAGUUAUAGCAGCUCAAGGAGUGAAAAUUGCCGCAAAAGAUUUGGAGAAAGCCAUCGCUGGAUUAAAUUUACAAGUUGCACAGAAAUCAGAUGAAGUGGAUGUAUUAAAGGAAGAAAUAGCAAAAGAAUUGUCGAGUGCUCUUGGAAAUAUACGCUUAGCUGAACGAGGAGUUUACGUCCAGGCGUCAACUUUGGGAGCUCUUGAAGCAUUAUUAGAUUAUUUGAAGAGCAGUAAAAUACCGUACUCUGGAAUUCGUAUCGGACCCGUCGUCAAGAAAGAUGUCAUGAAAGCUUCCAUCAUGUUGGAACACGAUAGCCAAUACGCCACGAUUCUCGCGUUUGACGUGAAAAUCGAAAAGGACGCGCAGGAACUUGCGGACGCACAGGGCGUGAAAAUCUUCCAGGCGGAUAUCAUUUAUCAUCUAUUUGACAAAUUCAGCCAGUAUAGGGAAGAACUGAAGCAACGUAAGCGGGACGAGAACAAGCACAUUGCCGUAUUCCCGUGCAAGCUAAAGAUUCUUCCGCAGUAUGUAUUCAACUCGAGGGACCCGAUCGUGAUCGGCGUGAUGGUCGAGGCUGGAAUCGUCAAGGAAGGAACGCCACUCUGCGUCCCGAGCAAAGACUUUGUCGAGUUGGGUAUGGUAACUAGCAUAGAGUACAAUCACAAAUCUGUGGAAUCGGCCAGGAAAGGUCAAGAAGUUUGCAUCAAAAUCGAGCCUGUACCGGGAGAAGCGCCAAAGAUGUUUGGUCGUCAUUUUGAAGCGAAAGACUUUCUCGUCAGUAAGAUAAGUAGACAGAGUAUAGACGCCUGCAAGGAUUACUUUAGAGACGAUCUGCUGAAAACCGAUUGGCAGCUGAUGGUGGAACUGAAGAAGCUCUUCCAGAUACUCUAGGACACGAUGAGGAUCACGACAGCGACGAUUAUCCAAGGACCUCUCGCUUUUCCGACGACUGCUCGGCAAGAUCGAAGAGAGAUAUCGGGUCGUCGACGAGUUUCGCGACAUCGCGAACCCGAAACGGACGUCGAGUCGUCUCGAUCGUCAAUAUCCUCCAGUCCGCAAGAAUCGACGCUUCUUCUUCUUCCAUUCUUUCACGCUUCCGUGGUCUAAAGUGCCCGCUUAGACUUAUCGUCGAGGAGCACGCCGCAAGAAAGGAUUAAAGGAUGCGGAGAAAUCGGUCUUUGAGAGCGCGUAAUAUGUCCGGUUCGCCGAGUCUCAAAGACGAUCGAAGGAGACGAGUCGAAGGAGACGCGAUCGAGUUGGGUUCGGCGAUUGCAUUCAGAGUAUUUACAGAGUACCACGAAGCGGUACUCUCAUAUCCUGUCGACGACGAGAACGAAGAAAAGGUAGAGUCAGUCGCAUCGGAGAUGGAGCUUCUUGGAAGUGCGCGAUCGCGAAAAGGAGAGAGUCAUUCCGGAUGGAAUGUCGUGGGUGGCAACGACGUGGUUGUAUAGAUACGUGGAAAAGCGACGAUAGAGGAGCGGCAGAAAGAGGAGAGAGAGAGAGAGAGGGACAUAUAGCUCUAAUGAAUGAAAGAAUCGUGCGUGAACCUCAUGUGUUUUGUAUAUGUAAUCUCUUUGUACGAGACGAGCAAAGUAUAUAUAUACUGCGACUGGAAAAUAAAGACUGGGGUUCGCGAGGUUUCGCAGAAAAGGGAAAGACGGAAAAAAAAGUUCUAUUCUCUCUUAUAUGCGCCGAUGCUCUCUCAUUCAUUACUGUGUCAUCCUUUGGUCUCUUGGCACUCCCAAUCGAUCAAGUUCUCAUCGUUUCACUCGGGAUUCGCAUGUCCGAUAUGUGCUCGCAUCUGUUAGUAAGUAUCCUCGUCUUUUGAAAAUAAAUUCUGUACAUUUUCGUGACAAACAUUUUUUACGAUACAUUAUACUGCAGUUAUUGCAAUAAUUUAGCAAACUUGUCUUUGAACGGCCUUGUCCCAAUCUCGAUAUGCAAUCUGAAGAAUUUGUAAAAACGAACGAAAAUUUUUAAACGAAUGAAAAAAAAAUGGUUUUGUUGCGUAUGUUUGAUUAUAGAAAUGUAGAAUGUCAAAAAUACGUUUCCUUUUUGUAAAAGGACACAGAUUUCUGCAGGAAGAGGAAGUGUUUCUGCAAAAAAAAAAACAUCUCGUUUCGAUACGCGUGACAACGGAAAAGCAUUUCAGAAAUAAGCAGAUAAAUAUAAUUGAAUAUAAGCAGUCUUAUAUAAUAAAGAUUAUAUUCUCGUCUCUAUUCUUUCACGACGACAACAUUA